GAAUUUUCGGAAGCACCUCCGCAUGGUGGGGAGCCGAAGGGUUAAAGCACAAACAUUUGCCGAACGGCGUGAGAGGAGCUUCAGCAGGUCCUGGAGUGACCCAACUCCCAUCAAAGCUGAUUCCUUCCAUGACUCUCGAGAAAGCCAUGACCUUCAGGAUUCCUGCGGCACUUUGGAUGGUGACUUUGACUUGAACUGGGAAGCAGAAAAGGAACUUGAAGCCAUGGCAUGUGAUGGAGAAGACUUUAUUCCACCAAAAAUAAUGCUCAUUUCUUCCAAGGUGCCCAAAGCAGAGUAUGUCCCGACAAUUAUCCGCAGGGACGAUCCCUCCAUCAUCCCCAUUCUCUAUGACCAUGAACACGCCACCUUUGAUGACAUCCUAGAGGAAAUAGAGAAGAAGCUUAACAUUUAUCGGAAAGGCUGCAAAAUCUGGAAGAUGCUGAUAUUUUGCCAGGGAGGUCCUGGUCACUUAUACUUGUUAAAGAACAAAGUUGCCACUUUUGCCAAAGUGGAGAAGGAGGAAGAUAUGAUCCUCUUCUGGAAGAGGUUGAGCCGACUGAUGAGUAAAGUCAAUCCUGAACCAAAUAUCAUUCACAUCAUGGGCUGCUAUGUUCUUGGAAACCCCAAUGGGGAGAAGCUAUUUCAGAAUCUGAAAAACUUAAUGAAUCCUUAUAGGGUUGCCUUUGAGUCUCCACUUGAACUAUCAGCUCAAG